CCCCUACUAAUUUAGACGGCACAGCUGCACCAAUCCCGCAGCAUCUUCAUGCCACAAACCAGCCAAUUCCUUAUUACAUUCCAGGCACUGCACCUCCAGGACAGAGACUGCAUCAUCGCCAAGUUAUGCAGAGGAUGGAAGAUCGAAGGAUGAUGAUGCAGCAUCCAAUGCUGGCCCCUGAGCGCCCCCGACCUCACCCACAUAGGAUGCACCCCUACGGUGGACAUGGACAUCCUGUGCCUGGGACUAUGUCCUCACAUCCUCGGGGCCUGGGACCUGAAGCCGGAGGGGCUGCAGCUGCUGAGGCACCUGGAGCAUCGCGUCCCCACCUGGACCAUCACCAUAUAUCACUUCGACUUCACUUCGUAUUUGUACGAGUUCUUCCUUUACUGAUACUGGAACCUUUACAAGAAAGAGGAAAUGUCAACAGUGGAGCAUCUCAGGAGAUGAUCGAGAGAUGCACAUACCCACAUAAAUACAAAAAAAGGGACCUGCCCCGCCAACAAGCCAGCGAAGCACCGACUCAGGAAGCCACCGACGAACAGUGCACCAUCUGCCUGUGUACUUUAGAGGAAGGGGAAGAUGUGAGGUAACUAGACAUAAAUUAUCUAAAAUCCGUUGUCAAAACUGUAUAUGAGACUUUAUGUGAAAGUAGACUAGAAACCACAAAAAGAUCACUCCUGGCAUAUCCUGUUACCAAUCUCUGAUGUGUAGAGAAUUGCCUUCCCAUAGUAAGUGAAAGAAAAAGAUUUAAGUCUCUGUAUUGCUACCAGUGG